AUGAAGUUCAGCGCCCUCACUGCUCUCACUGCCGUCUUCGGCACUGCUGCUGCCGCCAACAAGGCCAUUGUCAUCAACGACUGCGCCAGCGCCAUCUACGUCCAGUCCUUCCCCUACGGCGGAGGUGCUCCCGGCCCCUUGACCACUGUCAAGCCCGGACAGCGAUUCUCCGAGGACAUCCGCACUGCCGGAUCUACCGUCAAGAUCGCCACCACCAAGACUCUUACCAACCCUCUCUUCUUCGGCUACUCCACCGAGGCCAAGCCCAACAACGUCUACUACGAGCUCAGCACCGAGUUCGGCAACCCCUUCGCCGACAAGCACAACGUCCUGAGCCCCGGUGAGGGUUGUGAGAAGUUCGACUGCAAGGCCGGCGAUGCCAAGUGCUACAGCACCCCCAGCAUGAAGAGGGUCUACGGCUGCCCCAGCCCCGUCAACCUGUACGCCAAGGUCUGCUCCAAGUAA